AUGACGACAGGCUGCGCUGGCUGCAACCGCCAGAUCAGAGAUGGCGAGACGUACUGCGUCUACGGAUGUAGCCAGACGGCCUACUACGAGGAUCUUGAGGCUGAGCGCGAAGCUGAACGUGAGCGCGAGCGCGAGCAGGAGCGGGAGAAGUCGAAGCCUGCUGUCGUCAUCAAUGUAAGCGGUGGCGGUGGUCAGCAGAGCAGCGGUCAGGGUACCCAAGCUGGUUCUCGCUCUUACUGA